CACGUGGCUUAGAUUGAUCAAAAUGGCGGCAGUCCGGUUGGGAAAAAGUGUUUUAAGAUUGUCCAGUUUUCGCGUGAUGUGUGUGAAUCUAGACUAUAGCAUAAUUCAAGCAAAGAGAAUUCAUACAGCAUAUCCACUUGCGACAGAGAGAAAGUACACCAAGGAUCACGAAUGGAUAUCGAUGUCUGAUGAUGUUGGGACGGUAGGGAUUACAAACUACGCUCAGAACCUUCUGGGUGAUGUAGUUUAUAUUGAUUUGCCAGAUAUCGGAACCAAAUUUGAUCAAAAUGAAAUAUUUGGUGUUGUUGAAAGUGUCAAGGCUGCCAGUGAUCUCUAUGCCCCUGUGUCUGGCGAAAUAACCCACGUGAACGAAGCUCUACCAGACACCCCAGAUUUGAUAAAUAGAGAACCGUACGGUGAAGGUUGGAUUGCAAAGAUGAAAUUAUCUGACAAAUCUCAGCUGGAUGAACUAAUGGAUCAAGCAUCUUAUGAUGCUUACACAGAAGAGAAUGAUGAAUAGGAAAUAAUUUUUAUGAAAAAAAGAACACAGCUUUCUAAUAUAUCUGUAUUUACUAUACAAUACAUUAUUUUGAAUUUGAGCCUAAAUAAACUCUAUAAGCGAUGACAAA